AUGGCACACUCGGAUGCGCAAGAGAGUCGACCAGCCGCCAAGGACUCGCCGUUCUCCAUCAAGAACCUGCUGAACAUCGACAGCAAGCCAGCCAAACCGAAGACGUUACUUGGCUCGUCCAAAGGAGUGUUUGAAGGGAGCCUGUUUUCUCGGAUCGGUGACUUAACUUUGCCCAGAUUUGAGUUACCCACUCAGCGCAUUGGACUGACGGCGCAGUAUUUGGAGCGAGCCUCUAACUGGUGGUACCCUUAUACACUUGGACCCUGUGGGAAUCUGAGGACUGCAGCAUGUGAAAAGGCAAACCCGAGAGAGACAUCGCCGGUCCCGGACAGACCCUCGCCGGAUGUCCCGAAGAGCGACCCGGACGCCACCAAGGACGAUGACGAUAACAAAAGCACGGACGAGCUCCUGCUGGACGAGAGCGACGCGGACGAGUCCCGGAAGGAGGACGCAUCUGCGGACGAGUGGCGGAAGCUGGACGCCGGCUCGGACAAGAAGCCGUGCCGGAAGAAGAAGACGCGCACGGUGUUUUCCAGGAGCCAGGUGUUCCAGCUGGAGUCCACGUUCGACAUCAAGCGGUACCUGAGCAGCUCGGAGAGGGCGGGCCUGGCCGCGUCCCUGCACCUGACGGAGACGCAGGUGAAGAUCUGGUUCCAGAACCGCAGGAACAAAUGGAAGAGGCAGCUGGCGGCGGAGCUGGAGGCCGCCAACCUGAGCCACGCUGCGGCGCAGAGGAUUGUCCGAGUGCCCAUUUUGUACCACGAGACCGGAGGCUCGGAAACAGGGAGCUCCGCCGGAAGCUCCCCGGCGGGCCAGUCUCUCCUGUCCUUCCCCCAUCCCAUGUACUACUCGCACCCCAUUGUGGCGUCGGUCCCUUUGCUGAGGCCCGUCUAA